CGAGCCCGGGCAGCCAUUUUGUCUCUGUCAGUCCCGGCGGCGCGGGCGGUUGGGGAGGAGAAAGCGGCGGCGUUCGGCGAGGGGAGGGGGGGACCCGGCCUAAGAGGACACCAUGAUAUCGGCCGCCCAGCUCCUCGAUGAGCUCAUGGGCCGGGAUAGAAACCUGGCCCCCGAUGAGAAGCGCAGCAACGUGCGGUGGGACCAUGAGAGCGUUUGUAAAUACUACCUUUGUGGCUUUUGCCCCGCUGAAUUAUUUACAAAUACCCGUUCUGAUCUAGGUCCUUGUGAAAAAAUUCAUGAUGAAAAUCUACGUAAACAGUAUGAGAAGAGCUCUCGGUUUAUGAAAGUAGGCUACGAAAGAGACUUCUUGCGCUACUUACAGAGCUUACUUGCAGAGGUAGAGCGCAGGAUUCGAAGAGGCCAUGCUCGUUUGGCGCUGUCACAGAACCAACAAUCUUCUGGGGGAGCGGGACCUACUGGCAAAAACGAAGAGAAGAUUCAGGUGUUAACUGACAAAAUUGAUGUACUUCUGCAACAGAUUGAAGAACUGGGUUCAGAGGGAAAGGUGGAAGAGGCACAAGGAAUGAUGAAACUUGUUGAACAGUUGAAGGAAGAGAGAGAAUUGCUGAGAUCAACAACUUCAACAAUUGAGAGCUUCGCAGCCCAAGAAAAGCAAAUGGAAGUUUGUGAAGUUUGUGGAGCAUUUUUAAUUGUAGGAGAUGCACAGUCCAGGGUAGAUGACCACUUGAUGGGAAAGCAGCACAUGGGUUAUGCCAAAAUAAAAGCUACUGUAGAAGAUUUAAAAGAAAAGUUACGAAAAAGAACAGAAGAACCUGACCGUGAUGAGAGGUUAAAAAAAGAGAAACAAGAACGAGAAGAGAGAGAGAAAGAGAGGGAACGGGAAAGAGAGGAGCGGGAAAGGAAGAGGCGACGUGAAGAGGAAGAAAAAGAAAAAGAGAGGGCUCGUGAUAGAGAGAGACGUAAAAGGAGUCGUUCACGGAGUAGACAUUCGAGCAGAACAUCUGACAGAAGGUGCAGCCGUUCACGAGACCACAAAAGGUCAAGAAGCAGAGAAAGAAGGCGAAGCAGGAGUCGUGACCGAAGAAGAAGCAGGAGUCAUGACAGAUCAGAAAGGAAACAUAGGUCUCGCAGUAGGGACAGGAGACGAUCAAAAAGCCGGGAUCGGAAAUCCUACAAGCACAGAAGCAAAAGCAGAGAGAGAGAACAAGACAGGAAGUCAAAAGAAAAAGAAAAGAGGGGAUCUGAUGAUAAAAAAAGUAGUGUGAAGUCCAGUAGUCGAGAAAAACAGAGUGAAGACACAAAUACAGACUCGAAGGAGAGUGAUACUAAGAAUGAGGUCAAUGGGACCAGUGAAGACAUUAAAUCUGAAGUGCAGCGUAAGUAUGCACAGAUGAAGAUGGAACUAAGCCAAGUAAGAAGACAUACUAAAGCACCUUCUGAAGGAAAGGACAGUGUAGUCCUGCAAAACAUUUUGAGGUACAUUGUUUUGUCUCAGCUCUUUUGUAGCAGACUCGUGCCCCCAUUAGUGUGCCUCUUUGGGACCUAUUUGUAAUAUAGCCACCAUAGACAAAUGAAUGAUCCUUUUUUAUUUUUAGGGAUUUUGUUAUCGUUUUUAAAAAAAAAAAAGUUGCACUGUUUUUGUAUUUAAGUCCAUAUUGUGUUGGUACAGCAGAAACUUUUGCUUUAAUACUUAAUAUUUGAGGCACAUGUUGGACUAUUUUGUUUUUAUAUAAACUGCUAGUAUUUCUUUGUCAAGGAUGUUUCUAGUUUUUUUUUGCUUUAUUGCCUUGCAUUCUAAUGCAGUUUGUUCUGUAACUCGAGAGCCAGUAGCAUUGGAUUGAUGGAAGUGUAGGGUUUAUGAAUUAUUGCAGCUGACUACCAUACCUCACACAGCGUUGGUGUUGUGAGCGGCCCAUGAAAAGCCAAAUUAAAAAUCAAGGAUUCAGUCAAACUAAGCAGGUACUCAUGCCAGGUACUCCUUUCUCUACCCACAUCCAUGUUUGAAUGCUGUUGCCUGUAAUCUUUAAGCUUACUGUUGUGUUUUUGAUUUUCGAGAUAGCGAAAAGGAUUUUUUUGUGUAUUGUGUGACUACUGUUAAUCUGAUGUUAACAGAAUGGAAUUUUCUUUCAACUGUGUGUAGGGAUGCAGUGCUGCCCAGAAUUAGAUAUCUUUAAAGCGUUUAAAAUGCAAUAAACACUACAUAAUAACCGCCUUGUUACUUUCAAUGCAAUGCGAGUCUUUAAGAGGUAUGUGUUUAAUAUUUCCUACUGCGUAGGAGAAUUUGCAGCCAGCCAGAGUACAGAGAAAGUGAAUGGCUGAGAGCAGCCCUAAGGCAAAUGUAAAUGCACAGAUGCCACCAAAUGAUUGCAAUGCUCAUGGCGGGAAUGUUUGCUGAAAAGCUGUUUGUUGGCAAUGAAAGAGCUAAACGAUCGGAAGUAGAAAUACUGUGUUAAAAGGAAAACUUGAAGUUUUCCACCACUCUUGACUUGGCGUAGCUCUUAUUCUCGCAGAAGGUCUUUAGUUGUUUACCUGAAAUAAGGAACUAACAGUGGAGAGGACAGCUGAUAAAUGAGCUGCUUGCAACAGAAAUUAUUGUAGUUCCAUUAUCUGUGAUAGGAACUCUAAAUGUUGGUAAUUAAACCGUUAAUGCUACGUUAUUGCUUCUAAAGCCAGUCAUGUUCAAUGUGGAUGGUUUGUAGAGUUAAGAUGACAGCUAACAACUGGGCCGAGGUGUAGGAGUGGUGAACGCAGUGCUCGUAGUGCUGGCUAAUUUUCUGCUUUCCCAACAUUUUGCAUUAUAGGAGUCCUACCUGAAGAGUCUGCGAAGACUGCGGAAGACAGCUUAACCUGAAGAUCUGCUUUAAAAUGAGGUGAAAGAAAGCUGUAGUGGCGUAGAAAAAUAUAAAGUUGAGUUAGAAAUUUUUUUUUUUU